AUGGGCGUGUCCGACCCAGUCAAUCUAGACGAUUCAUGGAACAUAACUUCAUCUAUCAAAACUAUUUUAGACCCGACAGAUACUACAUUCCCUCGCCUGGAGUGUCCAAGCCCGAAUCUAACACUGUUAGAAGACCAUGGGCCUCGAGAACUGAAAUACUUCUUUACUCUCGACCUUCGGCAGUCCAUUAAUAUUCUGCCUCGCCUACUGGGAUCCAUUACAGAAACAAUCAAGUUCCUUGUCCAGUCGAGCGAGAUAGACGCCAAGACUGGAGAAAGGAUAGCAAAACUCGCACAACUUCGCAACUUGGCCAUCUCGCCACUUCUCUCCCUUGCUGGCUUGACUCAAGAUGCAAAGCCAAACCCCUCGCAGUCGUCGUUAGUGCCAAAUACAAAUACGACUGUCAUCUUCUUAAACGACGUAGCAAUAUGUGUAUCUGACAUACUCGAGCUGGUACACCAGCGAAUCUUCCUAUCAGCAGAUAUGACUUGCGCUAUGGACUGGACCUACGUUGGCCGCGAUCCGACGUUCUACGACGUAUGGGUAGCGCGCACUCUCCGGGGAGAUUUGUUCUUUGAUAUUCCACCGGACGGCAAUUGGAAUAGCGCAUGGAAUCUGUUCUGGAAUGACCGAAUAACUGGUGAGAGGUUUAGCAGGGCUCUCCCUUUCCAGGUCUUUGCGUGUUGGAAUGGAGCUGUAGCUUUUACGGCUGCACCGAUACUUGGGGAGCAGUCCGACCAAGAUCGAGGAGACAUAAAGCCGCCAGGGAAGGGGAAGAAGGAAGAGAGAAUCAAAUUUCGGGGACCACGGGGAGGCGAGUGUUACUCAGGGGAGCCAACACUAUUCUGUAAGGACCUCUGGCGAACGGGUCAUGGACGCAUUGCUGUUGUCCCAACGUCAACCUCGAGUACUCCGAUGAGGCUGCAUCGAAAAUCAGGUAGACCAGCCACCCGACACGGCAACAUGUAUGCCAGGCUUAGGAGAUCAGACCCGGCGACCAUGGAACGAAACAUUUACUUAGGCUGGCGAGAGGAAAUGAACCAAUUCGACUAA